CAGUGUGCGAAUCAUUUCAUUUGUGUGAUUUGUGCGGUUUAGUAGUAAAAUCUGUUUUGUUAUCAACUACAUUUAUUUUGUUUUCUUUUAAACAAAUAAAAAACAUUCGCCAAAUAACACAACUUGUACAAUUAAUAUUCUUGAAGGCCAUGUUUUUUUUGCAAAACCAUUAAAUGAAAAAGUUAUGUUGUUCUCCAUACUGCAAUUGCUAAAUUCUUUUACGAUAUUUAUAUACUCCCAAAUCCCGACCUUCAGGCAACCUUCAACUCACGUGUGUAAUCAAUAGUUGAACUAUUUGCUUUUUCGCUACCAAAGUAACCGAACAAAUAUAUUUUAUUAAAUAAAAGACUCAUCAUCCAUAAAAUUGCAACGCAUACUCUGCAAAUUGUUCAAUCGUUCUUUAACAUUCUUCCGUGGUGGUCCUUAUCGUCGUCGUCGUUGUUCGCUCCAGAACUUAGCAAAAACACCUCAUUGAUGACCUACACACUAAAACGACUUGUUUGUUCCAAUUGAUAAUAAAUUUUGCAAAGUUUAAUUUGUAUUCUCAGCCACAAAUUGUUUUAUUUUUUCUGUUUUUUCGUUUAACUUUAUCGUCGUCGCGCAAUUAUUUAUUAUUGAUACCUAUUUACUUUUGAAUCUUGCGUCAAAGUUUGCAGCUUAUCGUUAUUCUAGAUUCCACUCGGUUUAUUUUAGUUGUUUCUUUGACGUCUUUUCGUCGAGAUCACUGCGAAUAGUGUUUCUCUAUUUCAGUAUAAAAAUUAAGCGCGAAUAAUGUGUGACCGGCUUUUGAAUUACAAACCAGCCGCUGGCGAGGGCAUCCAGAAUGACCGUAGUCGUUUCAAUAUGAAUGGAGUAGUGCAACCGUUAUUAACAGAUUUAUAUCAAAUAACAAUGGCAUAUGCAUAUUGGAAAUCUGGUAAAAUAGAUGAUCAAAGUGUUUUUGAUCUAUUUUUUCGCACUAAUCCGUUUCACGGUGAAUUUACCAUUUUUGCUGGUUUGGAAGAAUGUCUUAAAUUUCUUGACAAUUUUCACUACUCCGAAAGUGAUAUUGAAUAUUUAAAAGCAACCCUUCCUGAAGGAAUUGAAAAUGAAUUCUUUGAAUACUUGGGCAAUCUUACAGCAAAAGAUGUAACUCUAUAUGCCAUUGAUGAAGGUUCUGUUGCAUUUCCUCGAGUACCUCUAAUCAAAGUCGAAGGCCCACUUAUCAUUGUACAGUUGUUGGAAACAACGCUCUUAACUUUAGUUAAUUAUGCAAGUUUAAUGGCAACAAAUGCCGCUCGAUAUCGAAUGGUAGCUGGUAAGAAUGUUAAACUUUUGGAAUUCGGUUUAAGAAGAGCACAAGGGCCCGAUGGAGGCCUAUCGGCAUCCAAAUAUUCAUAUACAGGUGGAUUUGAUGGUACAUCAAAUGUUUUAGCUGGGAAAUUAUUCAAUAUACCUGUGAAGGGAACUCACGCUCAUGCCUAUAUAACAUCAUUCACAGGAAUAGAUGAGCUUAAGACACGACUCUUAAGGCAUAAAACAGAUGGUGUAACGGGUGAUCUAUUGGAGCACGCUAUCGAACAUAGACAGUCUCUGUCUCAAGUUCUGGAUAUCUCCCCAGAGGAAUCAAGCGAAGGCGAACUAGCUGCAAUGGUUUCAUAUGCAAUUGCAUUCCCAGAUGGAUUCAUGGCUUUAGUCGACACGUAUGAUGUUAAGAGUGGCCCUUUUGUAAAUAGCUCAAGUAAUAUAGCUGCGAAGUCCAUGUCAGCAUUUGGUCAAUUAAAAAGGCCAGCAGAAGAAAUUACUACAUCGAAAAAACUAUCUAAUGGAAUUGCCACUGUUAAACAUUCCACUCUGAACGGACACAAUAGUCAAUCAAAAGAACAAAUCAAUUCGUCAAAUAACAAUUUAAAGGUCUAUAGAAGUGGAUUAAUUUCAGAGUCUAAAGAAAUCAUAACAAUAACUGGUGAUAAGAACGGAUUGAGCAAUUCUCUUCCAACUCUUCCAUCGGCAACAGCCGUAUAUAAUGCAUAUCUGCCAAAAUAUGUCGAGAAGUCAUUCAGGAGUGGAUUACUUAACUUCUGUGCCGUUGCAUUAGCUCUCAAUGAUCUUGGCUAUAGAGCAAUUGGUAUUCGAAUUGAUUCUGGUGAUUUGGCAUAUUUAUCAUGCUUUUCACGUCAGACUUUUGCCAAGGUUGCAGAUCGUUUCAAAAUAUCCUGGUUUAAUACAUUGCAAAUUGUUGCAUCGAAUGAUAUCAAUGAGGAAACAAUUUUAUCACUUAACGAGCAAGGACACAAGAUCGAUUGCUUUGGAAUUGGAACUCAUUUGGUUACAUGUCAACGGCAGCCGGCAUUAGGAUGUGUUUACAAAUUAGUGGAGAUUAAUGGACAAGCUCGAAUAAAAUUGAGUCAAGAUGUUGAAAAAGUAACAAUGCCGGGCAAUAAGAGUGCUUACAGGCUGUAUAGUGCAGACGGGCAUGCUCUCAUCGAUCUUCUCCAAAAAGUCUCUGAACCUGCUCCUGAAGUUGGACAAAAAGUUCUUUGUCGCCAUCCAUUCCAAGAAUCGAAGCGCGCUUAUGUUAUUCCAUCAAAAGUUAAAUCUUUGUACAAAGUUUUUUGGACGAAUGGACAAAUUGCACAGCCACUUCCAACGUUAGAAAAAGUUCGUGAGAAAGUACAAAACUCACUACGAACUCUUCGCAAUGACCACAAGCGAACAUUAAAUCCAACACCAUAUAAGGUUGCCGUAAGUGAUGACCUUUACAACUUUAUUCAUGAUUUGUGGUUACAAAAUGCACCAAUUGGUGAACUUUCAUGAUCAAUAUAAGAGUUGAUUAUUAUUAAUAACAGCUCAAAACUAAUUUUUUUUUGAAGCCGGUCUUCGAAAAAAAAAAACAAACAGCAUGAUUUUGUGUUUAUUUUUAAGUCUUUAAAGUUAAUUUGAAUAUGUUUUGGAAAACAUAGAAACGCAGAGUGAUUUGGAAUAAACUAAAAUUUAUAAAAUGGGGGUAAUAUAUCAAAAAUAAGCAUUUCAGAUGCUCUGACACUCGUUGUUGUACUGUAAAGCUCAACUUGAUACAAAAUGUUUAACCCAUUUUAUCACCAUUAACAAUAAGUUCAAAAAUUGUUAUUAAUUUAAGAAAAAAAAUGCACAAUGAUAUAUUAUUUAUCUGUCAUCAUAUCUACACCUUCACAAAAAUAAUAAGAACAAUACAAAAUAAGUUAAAAAAAAUUAUAUAUUCCAUCUAAACAGAUUUUUUCUAUAAAUGCAGGGUGCCUUAAAUGUAAAAAUAAAUGAAAGUCUUUUAUUUAAAUUCUAAAGUUUAAAAAUUGUACAGACAGUUUUUGCAUUGUAUCAUAAAAUCUGACUUGUAAGAUUAAUGUUUGCUUACUUACACACGACGUUUCUAACAAACUACUGGUUUAUCUUAUGUUCCUGUAUUAUGUCCAACUGAUUAAUUGAUUUUUAUAAUAUUUUUAUAUUUAAGAUAACUCACUUUUUUUUCACCAUCAAAGAAAAAGAAUUCAAAUACCAGAACUAUUUACAAUGCACAUUCAUUAUCUUUGCCAUGAAAUCAAAUUAUCUGCUGCAUAUAAAUGUAGAACUAAGAAUCAAUGUAUCAUUUGCUACUAGCAGGAACUGGACAGGUUCAGAAACGUAAGGAUUGUAAAAAAGAUCUUUCCAUUUUUGGGGAAAAUUGAAUUAAAAUUCUAGUCAAGUGCUGUUUUGUAAACAUGCUAAACGAUUCCAUUUGAUCAUUACACCAGCUAGUUGAACUUUAUUUUACUCCGUGCUUUUAUAACGUUGAAAUGUUUGUUUAGAUUUCGAAAUUUUCAGAUGUGUGUUGGUGCAGAACAACGUACCUACUUCUAUCUUCGAAUUCGAAUUAAAUAUUAUAUAAAACUGAUAUAGUUUCUUCCUUUAAAUGAAGAUAUUUGAUUUUUGAUAAAAAAAAAUUGUAGAAUCACAAAAUAAUAUUGUAUUUCCCCAACAACCGACAUCGAAACUUGACCUUAUAACUUUUGCCAUACAUAUUUGAAUGACAGUUAUCUGGUUGAGCGAAUUUGAAAAAAAAAAAAAAUAAA